AUGUGGAAAGCUGCAGUUCUGGCCGUGUGCCUGCUGAUCGCUGGUGCGGAGGCCACGGAGGGCCAUCCGGCCUACGGGGUCAAGCUGUGCGGCCGCGAGUUCAUCCGUGCCGUCAUCUUCACCUGCGGGGGGUCGCGCUGGAGACGGGCUGCCGAUAGAGCGGAUGACUUCACUCAGGACCCUUUUGCUUCCCGCAACAAUGAGGCCUCAGAGAACUGGAGCCAAAACGCCAUCCUUGGACUGACCUCCCAGCAGCGUCCAGAAGCAGAAGCUCCAGCCUGGGCUGGGGAGAGCCGCGACGGGGCUGCUUUCGUCCGACCUGCGCGCUCCCUCAUCUCGGAGGAGGUGCUGGAGGCCCUGCGCACAUCUGACCGCAAAGGUCGCGAUGUGGUCGUGGGGCUCUCCAACGCGUGCUGCAAGUGGGGCUGCAGCAAGAGCGAGAUCAGCUCCCUUUGCUGA